AUGUUAUCAACCUCGUCUUAUUCCCAAGAUGAAAUCUUGAAAAUACUCGAAGACCCUGAUUUAUACCAACAACAUUAUAAGGACAUACGAAAUGACUUGAUCAAACAUAUCAGACAACAGAACUUGACUAUCAACGAUUACAAAAAUGAACUAGAAACAUCAAAAACCGCAAACAAGGCGUUUCAACAGGCGUUGAGUGAGAUUGGUACCGUUGUUAUUUCUGUCGCCAUGGGUGACUUGUCCAAAAAAGUAGAGAUCCAUACCGUUGAAAAUGAUCCCGAAAUUUUAAAGGUUAAAAUUACUAUCAACACUAUGAUGGACCAGUUACAAACAUUUGCCAACGAAGUUACAAAAGUUGCCACAGAAGUCGCAAACGGUGAAUUGGGAGGACAAGCAAAAAACGAUGGAUCUGUGGGGAUUUGGCGUUCAUUAACUGAUAAUGUCAAUAUCAUGGCUCUUAAUUUGACCAACCAAGUUAGAGAAAUUGCCGAUGUUACUCGAGCUGUUGCCCGAGGAGAUUUGUCAAGAAAAAUUAAUGUUCAUGCCCAGGGUGAAAUCUUGCAGUUGCAACGUACAAUCAACACGAUGGUGGACCAAUUACGAACUUUUGCCUUUGAGGUGUCUAAAGUUGCUAGAGAUGUCGGUGUUUUAGGUAUUCUAGGUGGGCAAGCAUUGAUCGAGAAUGUCGAAGGUAUUUGGAAAGAAUUAACCGAUAACGUAAAUGCCAUGGCGCUCAAUUUGACUACCCAAGUCAGAAAUAUUGCUAACGUCACCACGGCUGUUGCCAAAGGUGAUUUGUCAAAGAAAGUCACUGCUGAUUGUAAAGGGGAAAUAUUGAACUUGAAAUUAACCAUUAAUCAAAUGGUGGAUCGAUUGCAGAAUUUUGCCCUUGCCGUGACUACAUUAUCUAGAGAAGUCGGAACAUUGGGUAUUCUAGGCGGGCAGGCAAAUGUGCAAGAUGUGGAAGGUGCUUGGAAACAAGUCACUGAAAAUGUUAAUUUGAUGGCCACAAAUUUAACUAAUCAAGUGAGAUCCAUUGCUACCGUCACUACUGCAGUUGCACACGGUGAUUUGUCGCAGAAGAUUGAUGUGCAUGCCCAAGGUGAGAUUUUGCAGUUGAAGAAUACAAUCAAUAAAAUGGUGGAUUCAUUACAGUUGUUUGCCUCAGAAGUGUCCAAAGUUGCACAAGAUGUUGGUAUCAAUGGUAAAUUGGGGAUCCAAGCUCAAGUAAGUGAUGUGGAUGGAUUAUGGAAAGAAAUCACAUCAAAUGUCAAUACUAUGGCCUCGAAUUUGACAUCACAAGUGAGAGCAUUUGCUCAGAUUACUGCUGCCGCUACAGAUGGUGAUUUCACCAGAUUUAUUACCGUCGAAGCGCUGGGUGAAAUGGAUGCUUUGAAGACAAAGAUUAAUCAAAUGGUGUUCAAUUUAAGAGAAUCGCUUCAAAGAAAUACUGCUGCAAGAGAAGCUGCUGAAUUGGCAAACAGCGCAAAAUCAGAGUUCUUGGCUAAUAUGUCGCAUGAGAUCAGAACCCCUUUGAAUGGUAUUAUCGGGAUGACUCAAUUAUCCUUGGAUACAGAGUUGACUCAGUAUCAAAGAGAGAUGUUGUCUAUUGUACACAAUUUAGCCAAUUCCUUGUUGACUAUCAUUGACGAUAUUUUAGAUAUUUCAAAGAUUGAAGCUAACAGAAUGACUGUUGAACAAAUAGAUUUUUCCUUGAGAGGUACUGUUUUCGGUGCAUUGAAAACACUUGCUGUUAAGGCGAUUGAGAAAAACUUGGAUUUGACAUAUCAAUGUGACUCGUCUUUCCCUGAUAACUUAAUUGGUGAUUCAUUUAGAUUGAGACAAGUUAUUUUGAACUUGGCUGGUAAUGCUAUCAAAUUUACCAAAGAGGGUAAAGUUAGUGUUAGUGUCAAAAAAUCAGAUAAAGUAGGCGAAGAUUCUGAUAAAUUAUUGUUGGAGGUUUGUGUUAGCGAUACUGGUAUUGGUAUUGAAAAGGACAAAUUGGGAUUGAUUUUUGAUACUUUCUGUCAGGCCGAUGGUUCAACAACUAGAAAGUUUGGUGGUACUGGUUUAGGUUUAUCUAUUUCCAAGCAAUUGAUUCAUCUUAUGGGUGGUGAGAUAUGGGUAACUUCUGAAUAUGGAUCUGGAUCUAAUUUCUACUUCACUGUCAGUGUCUCACCUUCAAAUAUCAGAUAUACUAGACAAACGGAACAACUAUUGCCAUUCAGUUCUCAUUAUGUUUUAUUUGUUUCUACUGAGCACAGUGACGAAGAAUUACAAGAAAUUGGAGAAGGAAUCAUCGAGUUGGGUUUGAACCCAAUAAUUGUUAGAAAUAUCGAGGAUGCAAGCUUGUCUGAACCAAUCAAAUAUGACAUCAUCAUGAUUGAUUCCAUUGAAACCGCCAAAAAAUUGCGUCUACUUUCAGAGGUUAAAUAUAUUCCAUUGGUUUUGGUACAUCAUUCGAUUCCUCAAUUGAACAUGAGAGUCUGUAUAGAUUUGGGUAUUUCGUCAUAUGGUAACACGCCAUGUUCAAUAACUGAUUUGGCCAGUGCCAUAAUACCUGCAUUGGAAUCUAGAUCUAUUUCUCAAAAUUCAGACGAAUCCGUUAGUUAUAAGAUUUUAUUAGCUGAAGACAACCUUGUGAAUCAAAAAUUAGCUGUCAGGAUAUUGGAAAAACAGGGUCAUCAAAUAGAAGUUGUUGAAAAUGGUUUAGAAGCGUAUGAAGCUAUCAAGAAGAACAAGUACGAUGUUGUGUUGAUGGACGUUCAAAUGCCGGUAAUGGGAGGAUUUGAAGCCACAGAAAAGAUCAGACAAUGGGAAAAGAAGUCCAAUCCAAUUGAUUCGUUGAGUUUCAGAACCCCAAUCAUUGCCCUUACUGCUCAUGCGAUGUUGGGGGAUCGUGAAAAAUCUUUGGCCAAGGGUAUGGAUGACUACGUUUCAAAACCAUUGAAACCAAAGUUGUUGAUGCAAACCAUUAAUAAGUGUAUUCAUAACAUCAACCAAUUGAAGGAGUUGUCGAAACAAAACAACAAUAAUCGAACAUCGGAUUUUGCCAAGAAUUUAAAGAAAGGUGCCAUUAAAAGUGGCAGUGGAACCUUAUUGAGUAGUCUUGGUAAUAGUCCAACUAGUGGUUCAAGCAAAAGUGCAGUUACUCCUAAUAGAAAUGGGUACUCAACAUCAGCAUCGUCCUUGGACUUGUCACGUACAGGUAGCCCUGUGAGGUCACAUUCCAACGACCAUAUUCCAUCAAGACCAGGAACAUUGGCUCAAGGAAAGAGAUCUGCUACCGAGACGUCAUUAUCCUGUAUUACAAGCUCAGAUGAUAAGAUCACCGAAAUUACUGGUGACUCUGGGGAUCAGGAUGGUAAAGAGGUUUCUGACUUUUAG